AGAAUGAAUGUUGUUCAUACAUAAAUGUACAGCUCGCUGAUAUUUUGUUACCCAAACUUUUUGGUAGGCUAGGAUCAUUUUGUAGAUAACGAUGGCUUCAAGUACUAAAUCUGAAGAAGAUGUUCUAACAUCCGAAAUGAUCUUAUCGCAUUCUGGGGAAUUUGAAAUUGAAAGUGUGGAAAUUCUCUAUUUUGAUCACAAACACAUAGUUGAUCUUGGGGCUUUAUUCAAAUGCAAGAACCUCUCAAGACUGGAUGUAUCAUACAACCAAAUAUCAGUUAUUAGCGCUAUGAGGGGUCUAAAACAACUAACCUACCUAAAUAUUUCUUCAAACCGUAUCACAAAUUUAGACCCUUUAAGUGGCAUGGAAAACCUUGAGGAAUUAAAUGCAGCAGGUAACAUGAUUGGUAGCAUGGAUAGACUCAAAUGCUUGUGCAGUAUCGCCAGUUUAAAAAAACUUCGGCUUUAUGAUGGGAUCAAAAAGCUUUCAAACCUUGUGUGUGAUAACGAUUUGUAUCAUAAAUCUGCACUGAAGAUGCUUCCACAGUUGAUGAUGCUUGAUGGUGAAAGGGUUAAAGGUCCUGGAAGUGACCUCUACAAGAUCUGCCAAGAACUUGAUGAACAAAUAAAAUCUCUUUAUCAUGAACCAUAUUGUCCGUGCAAUUCAUGCAAAUUAGGUGGUCGACCAUUUGGUCCAGUGGUUGAACGACCACUACCAGGUCCAUGGUUUGAUUCCAAACAACUAACGUUACCUGAAGUCCAUACAAGUUCAAACAAUGAUAUUAUGGAGUUCCAGAAAGUUCUACGUGAGUGUAAGAAAGCUGAUGAAACCGCAAGUGUAGUGUUGGAUCAGUUCAAAACAAGAAUGACAACAUAAUAGAAAAGAUGACAGUUCAAAACAAGAAUGACAACAUAAUAGAAAAGAUGAACUGUUUUUUUUAAAGUAUUAAUUUUUUAGAAAAUUCACUGUGAAACCUUUUUAAUCUUUUAACACGGUGCCUUUGAACAUUGUACUGCUGUUAAGUUAAAUAACUUUUAGUUUUAUACUUUACACUUUCGCAUGAUAAGUAAACUUAGUUUUUGUGUAACUUACUUAUCUCAAUGUAACUGACAAAUUUGGUGCAUAGAAAUUUAUUUGAUAAUCAAAAUGAGGUUUUGUCGUCAAGAUCAUAGUGUGAAAUAAAUCGUCGCCUUAACAUAGGUGUAAAUAA